AUGUCUAAAGUAGAUGCUGCUGCUGUUGAACCCCACCAAUGGGCUACUAAUCUGACCGAUUCUAAAUAUGCCAAGAAUUUGACUAUAGUUACAUCUAAUUCAAUGCCAUCACCUUCAGGUUUUAGUUCGAUUGAAAGCACAGGUAGAGACUCACUGGAAGGUCGUAAAAACAAAUUCAAUUCUCAUGUAAAAUCUGAGGAUGUGGUUACACUGCAAAUGCAAAAGGCAUGGCAAAUAGCGCUAGCACCAGCUAAAUCCAUUCCUAUGAAUUUCUUCAUGUCCUACAUGUCAGGUACUUCUUUACAGAUAAUCCCCAUAAUGACAGCACUAAUGCUGCUAUCGGGACCCAUAAAAUCUAUUUUCCAAGUUAGAGCCAAUUUUAGACCGGUCUUGGGUACUUCAGUGACAGAAUCUCAAAUUUUGGUGCCAAUGCUUGUCUUUAUCGCAUGUCAAUUUGCAUUAAUGUACAUUGGAUUCCAGAAAUUGAAUUCCAUGGGGCUAAUUCCAAAUACUACAAGUGAUUGGUUAUCUUGGGAAAAGCGUAUUGAUUAUAACAAUGGUAUUAGAUCAUUUUCCUUUUAG